GGCUGAAGUGGGGGAACAGGAAGUUCCGGCCAGGGCCGCAUCUUUCUUCAUAACAAAGAAAGUGGCAGAAUUGUGCAGUAGAGACGAUUACUUUUGUCUCCUUUUCAAAUGGAUUGAUACAGGCCGACUCAGAUUAAGUCUGAGGCUGGUAACAUCAACAGUGAGGACAAACCCAGCCUGCCUCUCUCCUUCCACACUGAGUCCAAACCUACAAUCACUGGGUCCUGAUUGUGACAGUGGAGCCCAGUUUGCACUGCAGGAUCCAGAGAUGGCAUCAGUGAAGUUGGAAGACUGCAGUCAAACACUGGAGCUGAAUGUCAACAUUAAAGAUGAAGAAGAGAAGAUUGGGAAAUCUGUUUCUCAUGGUCACGUUGAGACAUCCUCUACAUCCAGAGAGCAGAAGCAGGAAGAUCACAGAGCUAAGAGGUUUCACCACUGCCCGCAUUGUGAGGAGAUUUUCCCAUAUCUAUCAAAGCUAAAAAUACACCUAAAAACACACACAGGAGAGAAUCUAUAUUCCUGUACUGACUGUGAGAAAAGAUUCACAACAUCACAUUCUCUGACAGUUCAUCAGAGAGUGCACACAGGUGAGAAGCCUUACUCCUGCUCUGCCUGUGGGGGGAGAUUCUCUCGACGGAGCCACUUAAAGAGACACCAACAUAUACACACAGGAGAGAAGCCUUACUCUUGCUCUGACUGUGGAAAAUGCUUCGCAACAUCAUCUGACCUAACAGUUCACCAGAGAACACACACAGGAGAGAAGCCUUUUUCCUGCUCUGACUGUGGGGGGAGAUUCUCUCAACUGAGCAGUUUAAAAAAACACCAACAUAUACACACAGGAGAGAAGCCUUACUUCUGCUCUGACUGUGGGAAGAGUUUCUCCCUAUUGGAUACCUUAAAAGCACAUGCACGUAUACAUACAGGAGAAAAGCCUUACUCUUGCUCUGACUGUGGGAAGAGGUUCUCUCAACGGAGCAACUUAAAAAUACACCAACGUUUACAUACAGGAGAAAAACCUUAUUCCUGCUCGGACUGUGAAAAGAGUUUCUCCCAAUUGGAUAAGUUAAAUAGUCACCAGCGAAUACAUACAGGGGAGAAGCCUUACUUCUGCUCUGACUGUGGGACUUGUUUCAGCCAAAUUGAUACGUUAAAAUGUCACCAGCGAAUACACACAGGAGAGAAGCCUUACUCUUGCUCUGACUGUGGGCAGAGUUUCUCUCAACACAGCAGCUUAAAGAAACACCGACGUAUACACACAGGAGAGAAGCCUUACUCCUGCUCUGAAUGUGGGACGAGUUUCUCUCUACAGGACAGCUUGAAAUCACACCAACGUAUACACACAGGAGAGAAGCCUUACUUCUGCUCUGACUGUGGAAAGAAUUUCUCUCGACACAGCAGCUUAAAGAAACACCAGCGUAUACACACAGGAGAGAAGCCUUACAUCUGCUUUGAAUGUGGGAAGAGUUUUACAACAUCAAGUGCUCUGACAGUUCAUCAGAGAGUGCACACAGGAGAGAAGCCAUACUCCUGCUCUGACUGUGGGGGAAGUUACUCUCGACUGGGAAACUUAGAAACACACCAUCGUACACAUACGGGAGAGAAGCCUUACUCUUGUUCUGACUGUGGUAAAUGCUUCACAACAUCAAGUGCUCUGACUGUUCAUCAGAAAACACACACAGGAGAGAAGCACACCAACGGAUACACAGAGAGUUUUGCAGAUUAAAAUCUUACGUUUUCGGUGGAUUGACAAUGGACCCGUUUUAAAGUAUCCUUUUUUGGUAACAGUUCUCUCAAACCAGCUAUGAUUAAAGUCACUCCAUCACUUAAUUCUCAUUAAAGAAGUGGUAAGUGAAUUGGAUCAAAUGAAGAAAGUGUAGAACACUAUUGUAAUCCUGUUGUUUCUCACUGUGAGAGAACUGUGCAGAGGAAAAGGAGCAUUACAGAAUGUUAGCCUCUCUUUACUGAUCAGUGUGCAUCUUGUCUGUUUUGGUGUUUUGUUAGCGUCUACUGCAAAGAUAUUGAGAUGACCUUGGAUUGGCCCUUAGUGUUGAAUAUCAUCUUAGGUUUCUCUUGUUGAAACAAUGGAGUCUGAUGGUUGACUGGAUAGUACUGCUUCCCUCUAGUUUUCUGUGGGAAUGAGCACGUACACACAGCAUGUAUGAGAGAGCUGGUGUGAUGAUCAGUUUUCAUAUAUAUAUAUAUAUAUAUGAAGAAAUGUCAAUAGAAAAACAAUUAAAAAUAAAUUGAAUGCAGCUACUUCGCUGUUAUUCUAGCAACACGGUUUCACGUGACUGUUAGCCGUAGUUGGCUGGCAAGCAAGCAAGGGAUAACAAACGACUUGGUCACGUCCAUAGAUACAGAAUAAAAUUACUUUGACUGGAUCCAGUCUCUGGCAACCUAUCCAAUAGAAUGAACGGACAUCUUUUCUCAGACAGUCAAAAUCAUGAAUCGGCAUGAUUUUUAUGGAUAUACACAAAGAAAUGUUGUUAGAGAAAUGGGUAAAACGGCAUGAAAUGCAGCUAGUUUGCUGUGUUACAGCGUCCAUUUGAAAUGAUUGCGUUUGCUGUGUAGAUGGCUAGCUUCUCUGAACAGUGUCCUGACCAGAGAGCACAUUUUCUAUGCCAUGCGAAAUCCAAAACAGCUUGCAGCUACUUUGCUGUUAUUCUAGCUGCACUGUUUGACCUGUUUUCAAAAAAAUAAUAAUUGGUAACACAUUGUAUAAAAGCAAAUGUACACUAGGGAUUGUGGACAACGGUACUCUUACCUAUGACCGCAGCACAGCCGUGCUAAAAAAUUGUUUUCGUAUAGUCUGUGAUGUGCCAUCUGUAAAUACGAAUACAUUUGUUUAAAUUACGAGCCUAGUUUGUACUUCUGCAUAAGUACUUCUGCAUAAGUGUUGCUCUCCACUUUUCUGGAGGACUGAGUUUUGAGAUCAGUGGAAUUAGAGUAUGUUAGCCAUCUAACUAGCUAGGUAAACAAUUAACCACAUGGGUUUUCUCCAUCUCCUUACAUACUAAAAAAAAACAUGUUUCUGGAUCACAUCUUCAAACUAAGGGCAAACAUGGUAUCUGUGACAGGGAGACGCAUCCAUCCAUGAUGUAUACGGGUAAGGUAAUGUAGCUAGCUGGACUUUCAGAUAUUACACGUUUCUAAUUUUGACAGUGGUUUCAUUUCAAGUUAAAGUGUACUGUUAGCUAUCUAGCUAACGUUAGCUGGUUGGCUCGCUAACUUACAUUAUGUGUAUGAUGUUAUUAUUCGUAUCUCAGAGCCAUUUGCUUUGCUAGUUAUAGCCUAAUGUUAGCUAGCUAACAUGAACCUGGUUGGUUAGCUACCUGCAAAUUCAUGCAGGGUAGUAACAUCAUGAGUUGGGAUUAUGGUUAAUUGUUUACCUAGCUAGUUACACAUCUUAUUAAAAGACUCCAGUAUGUAAGUAACCAUUUCCGUUGCAUUUGUAAAUUCAGUCUGAGUAUGCCAGAGCGCAGAAUAACUGAUGAAUUUAUGAACACUCAACACCAGUUGAAUAUGGCCAGUGUCCUCUCAUUUGUGUCUGGAUGUAGCUAGCAAGCAAGCCAAUUUUAGCCAGUUAGCUGUGGGGCUAAAGCUUAAGAGGGUGUGAACGAUGCUGAAUGGGCAAAGAAGAGCUUUCCAGUUGGUACCAAAAUUUUCAAAGGCCAUUUUCUCAGAAGUGAGGUUACAAGUAUUAAGUUAAUGGCCGAGCUGGUCGCCCGGCCAAACUGAGAUAUUGGGGGAGAAGGACUUUGUCAGGGAGGUGACCAAGAACCGAAUGGUCACUCUGACAAAGCUCCAGAGUUCCUCUGUGGAGAUGGGAGAACCUUCCAGAAGGACAACCAUCUCUACAGCACUUUGCCAAUCAGCACAUGACUUCCCGCUUAACGUUUGUGAAAAGGCACCUAAAGGACUCUCAGACCAUGACAAACAAGAUUCUCUGGUCUGAAGAAACCAAGAUUGAACUCUUUGGCCUGAAUGCCAAGCUUCACGUCUGGAAGAAACCUGGCACCAGCCCUACGGUGAAGCGUUGUGGAAGCAGCAUCAUAGUGUGAGGAUGUUUUUCAACCGCAGAGACUGGGAGACCAGUCAGGAUCGCGGGAAAGAUGAAUCCUUGAUGAAAACCUGCUUCAGAGCACUCAGGACCUCCGUCUGGGGCGAAGGAUCACCUUCCAACAGGACAACACAGGAAUGGCUUCAGAACAAGUCUCAAUGUCUUUGAGUGGCCCAGCCAGAGCCCGGACUUGAACCCAAUCAAACAUCUCUGGAGAGACCUGAAAUUAGCUGUGCUGUGACGCUCCCCAUCCAACCUGACAGAGCUUGAGAGGAUCUGCAGAUAAGAAUGAGAGAAACUCACCAAAUACAGGUGUGCCAAGCUUGUAGUGUCAUAACCAGGAAGACUUGAGGCUGUAAUCAAUGCUGAAGGUGCUUCAACAGAGUAAAGGGUCUUAAUGUAUAUAAGUAUUUUUAUUUUUUUUUGUAAACAUUUCUAAAGACCCAUUUUUGCUUUGUCAUUAUGGGGUAUUGUGUGUAGAUUACGUAACGUAACAAAAUGUGGAACAAGUCAAGGUAUCUGAAUACUUUCCGUAUGCAGUGUGUGUGUGUGUGUGUGAGAGAUGCGGUAGCCUACCUUGUUCAGUUUAAUAAAGUCAACGCAGUAUUCAUAUUAUUAUAAUGGGUUAUGCAUAAUAAGCUAAUAGCCUCUGUCUCUUGUGCAAUACUCACCUGUGCUCUGCUGGCCUUUCCUUAAACCCUCCUUAGCUCUUGGACUCGCAUUUCUUCCUCUAAUAGAUUAUUGGAAGAGAGAAGCAAGCUCUUUUUUUUUGCUGAAUAUUAAUUACAGCAGCCAAUAGAACUCACAGGUAGUUUGAAAGAGCCAAUGCUCAAUGGUGGUAGAAUAUAUAGUAGUUAUUGAUUCACACCCAUAACCAUUCAAUCUUCGUGAAGAGAAAGCCGUCUUCAUCUUAUUGUAGUCCUACAUUAUCAUAUUGUAGUCCUAUAUUAUCAUAUUGUAGUCCUAUAUUAUUGUAGUCCUAUAUUAUUGUAGUCCUCUAUUAUUGUAGUCCUCUAUUAUUGUAGUCCUAUAUAUUAUUGUAGUCCUAUAUUAUCCU